AAGAUCAGAAAAGAGACACGCAGGCAAGCAGCCAUCAUAUUUCUCUUCCUUGUCAACGUCUACGCCACCUUUCUGCCAGUCACAUUUGCAUCUGUGUUCCCGCCCUGCUGUCCCGUCAGUGUUUAGGGUGGAGCGAUCAAGAUAUGUGUGUACCCACGUCACGCAGCCUGAGAUGAACACGACCUGACAGAAGGAAACAGUAAUGGGAAAGUGGACCUCCUCGCUCGUCUGCAAAGUCUAGAGCACCGAUGGCAAACACAACCUUCACCGCCAAUUCCUUGGAGGAAGAGCGGUUUUGUCCCCUGCUGCAGCUCAUGCAGGGGCACGCCUUGAACAACGACACAAAGACCAGCUGGAUCGUGGUUUGCUUUCACGGCCUGGUCUCCUGCCUGGGGAUUUUGGAGAACGCCCUCAUCCUAUGGGUGGUGGGUUUCCGCCUGCAGCGCCGCACCGUGGCCUCGGUCUGGGUGCUCAAUCUGGCCAUGUCUGACUUCCUCGCCACCCUGACACUUCCCCUCUUCACCCUCUACCUUAGCUCCUCUAAUAGCUGGGAGCUUGGCAACCCCCUCUGCAAAAUACAAGCUUCCAUAUUUUUCUUGAACAUGUUUGUGUCCGCCUUCUUGCUAGCGGCCAUUUCUCUCGACCGCUGCCUUCUGGUGGUCAAGCCGGUGUGGUGCCAGAACCAUCGAUCGGUGGCACGGGCGUGGAGGGUGUGUCUGGUAGCUUGGCUGUGGGCAGCAAUCAACAUGUUUCCUUACUUCCUGUUUCGCUCGGUGACUGAGACAGUGGAUCAAAGGAAACUGUGCUAUCAUAAUUUUGCCUUGUAUCAAUCGUCUGAUGACACGCUUGAGAGAGACUGCGAAGUCAGGCAAAUAGCAACGGCCAUCUCCAAGCUGUUGCUGGCAUUCCUGAUUCCCCUUGUGGUCAUCGCCGGAAGCUACGUCAGAAUUGGGCUCAGCUUGAGGAACAGGAACCGGAAGAGGAUGCUGCAGAGUACCAGGGUACACACGGCAUUAAUUGGCUCAGAUAACAACAAUGGAUCAGGAGCUACAAGUCCUUCAAGGAAUGUCCCUCUCAAGCCGACAGUCUUUGGCCGAUCAUUGUCCCUGACGCCCAGUUCCUCAUCACAUUUCAACAUCCACAGCCAGCUUUCCCAGAGCUUCACCAAGAUGGUGACAUUUGUGAUUGCAGCGUUUGCAUUGUGCUGGGCUCCCUAUCACAUAUUCUGUAUGAUUGAGGUGUCAGCUCUGUACUACAGGGAAAAUCUCAAAGCGGUGGAGGUAGGAUUGCCUCUCGCCACAACCUUCGCAUUUCUGAAUCCGGUGUUGAAUCCCAUUCUGUACGCCUUCAGCUGCCCACACUUCUGCGUGAGAAUACGACAAAGUCUGGGAGCAGUCUUUGACGGACUUGUCGAAGAGGGAGGAGGGAAGCUGGCAUCUCCCAGAAGGAGCAUACGAGCUCAUAUUAGACAAAAAAGCGUCCGAGCUUCACCGGGAUCACCAUCGAGUCCAAAAUCACCAAAGACUCAUCCUGACGCCCCACCCGUCUACUCUCCAUCUGACAAUCCUGACGCCCCACCCUUCUAUGCCCCAUCUGACAAUCAGUAAGAGGAAAACAAAAACGUUGGCGUUUCCUCUGUGGACAGACAGCAGUGACAAGCACCUUCCCGCUCACUCACGCCCUCACUCCUUCAGGAUGCAGCGGUAUUGCAGGUGCCUCCCGUAUGUCAUUUCUAUGUGUUUUAUUGUUUGGUUAGCAAGAGUAAUGACGUCGCACUUCCAUCAAGGACAUUACACAGGAUGUAGAAAGUCAUGGUGUGCAAUAAAAGUUUCUGCAACAUU